CUGAAGUCCAAUCCAUUUGUUUCUGUCCAACCCCCUUUACCAAAUGGCAAAGGUUCAACACAUGACUUGUCUCCACCUGGGUGAAGUCCUUAUGCCGAAAUGGAGAAAUUGAAGAAUUCUUCAGGUAUAACAGAUGAAGGUGUGGAAAAAGAAAAGUUGAGCAGAAAAGAACAGCUAUGGUUGAUUUUAAACAAGUGACUGUACUUGGACAAAGGGCCUAAUAGGCGGUUACUGUAAGUGAACAGAGACAUCAUUUCCAGGAACUCACCUGUGGACACGUGUCUUACUUGCUCUGUGAUCAGGACUGCUCUCUGUGGAAACAGAUGUCUUCCAAUUCAGAGCCUUUCUCACCUGCAGUCAGCAGCAGUCCACCCAAAAGCAUUCAGGCUGCACUGCUGGAAUCCCCCAGUCUGCAAAUGCCACUGUCACAGUGUGGAAAAUCUAGCAGCACAGAGAGCUCUGUCACCAGCUCUCAAAGAGACAGCGUCCUCUACAGGCUGAAAAGUGGACCUGCAGAGCGCUUUAGAAGGCACAGUGUGGAUGGGAGCUGUGUGGACCUGGAGUCCGACUCAAGCAAGGGCAAACGUUUUCACCCUUAUGGAAGGCAAUACAGUGAUGGAGAAGUCACUGGUUCUUCUCUGUACUGCUGCCUGAAAGAGAGUAAACUACCCGAAUCCCUCACUCAAGCUAACACUGACAUUGCAGACCUACAAGAACAGAAUGGCUGGACUUCAUUUAGCACUAGUGUACAGUCCUCUAUGUUUAUGGGAGCUGAAGAGAGCACUGAUCAGAUGCAGAACAAGCCUGAGGAUCCUCCGAGCUAUUCCUUGUCCACCCACAAUGCAUACAGCACCCUCAGUCCCAUGCACCAACAGUUUCUUGGCGAAUAUUCAACCGGUGGAUUAGAAGUUGGCUCACGCUAUUCUUACCAAAGCCUCUCUCCACAAAACAGUCGAGAUGGUUCAGUCCAACCACAAUACCCCAAACCCAUCUACUCGUAUAGCAUUCUUAUUUUCAUGGCUCUGAGGAAUAGCAGGACUGGCAGUCUGCCUGUGAGUGAGAUCUACAGUUUCAUGACAGAGCACUUCCCCUACUUUAAGACAGCACCUGAUGGCUGGAAGAACUCCAUCCGUCACAACCUCUCCCUGAACAAGUGCUUUGAGAAAGUUGAGAACAAGAAGGGAAACUCGUCACGGAAGGGCUGCCUGUGGGCACUCAACCCAGCUAAAGUGGAAAAGAUGCAAGAGGAGCUCCAGAAAUGGAAGAGGAAGGAUCCUGUGACUGUACGAAGGAGCAUGGCCAGACCAGAGUUACUGGAUCAUCUUCUGGGUGAUAGACCAGGAAAGCAGAGGUCUCACUCUGCCCAACUCAACAACCACACACACUCUCAGUUUUCCAGAGUCAGCCUGCCACCUCCGUACAGUCCCACUACUCACCAAAGAAGACCAUACUACAGUUAUUACAGCUUACCAUCACAACCCGUUUGCCAGCAGCUCCCAUACCUGCCCUCUAGUCCUCCAGCCUUCUCAUUCUACCCCUCUAUCCCCCAGCAACCCAGCACACAGAUGCCACCUAGGACUGGCAGUGUGGACUCACCUUUACCUGCACACACACCACCGUGCUACAGUGCUGCUCUACAGUCCAGCCACAGCACUGUGGGAAGCAUGCAGGAGCUGCUCAUGGAAGGAGAACUAAGUAACGACAUAGACAUGCUCAAUCCAAGCCUAAUGGACCUGCAACUCCAUGGUUGUCUUUGGGAGGAGCUCAGGAAUGACAGUUUGACUUCAGACCCGCUGACACUCAUGGACAUGUCCACCACGUCUGACCAACUCAGCCCUGAUCAUGUGGGGGAUUGUGGGAAGGGCUGUGGCUCAGGUAGUGCAGAGGUUAACACAGCUGGAUCAGAAGCAGCACUGCAGGCGAGUGUUUCUGACCUCUACAUCACUGGACUGUGUUCAAGCGACUUCACCAGUGCAGAAAGCAUGCCAGGUCUUCAUUCCACCAUGACAAACACUCCAAUUGCCCUGCUUUAAAGCACCGUUCUAAUUACAAAAUCCUGUUUUACACUAAACUUUAUAAUCAAUUAUGGUCAGUGACAAUGUAUGCUGAUAAACUGUUGGACUGAAAAACCAUGACUUAAAUUUUUUGAUUAAAAAUGUUGAGUAUAACAUUUAAUGUUCCAGUGAAAUAUGGCAAUACAUUAUCUACAUGCUGUGUGAAAUAAAGCUUUGAAGAUUGUUUGAUUUAUCAUUGUAGUUGACGCAAGCAAAAUAUAUUUUCAUUGCAUGUACAUUUUGCACAAUAUUAAUUGGCUGUACAGGCCUUCAUUGCCUUAGAGCAGAAAUCCAUGCCUAACCUUUUAUCAAAGUAUCAGUAUAUUUGUAUUCCUCUGUCAAAGUUUUUUCACUAGAGGGCAGUAAAGAGCUCCUCUAAUAUGCCAACGUUGCCAAAUCACUAGAAGGGCACAGCCUGUACCAACAGUUUAUGCCAACUACAGCGGAAAGAACUUUGCAUUCUCGUAUAUUUUAUGAGAACAGAUGCCUUUGGGAUACCUCAUCAGGAAAUGGUUUAAUGUUUUUAAUAUGAAAACUAUUGUCCAUUUUGCAGAGCACUAGGAAUUGUUUUUUUUUUUACUUAAGAGGUAAAAGUAAAUGGAAAGUCAGACUGGGUACUUUUCCUUGAUUUUCUUGAUAAAUGAUCAUUUCUUGAUGGUGUAAAGUGUUUAGUAAAGAAGUAAUUUUAUUUAUUUCAAGAAUAUACAGUAUCUCACAAAUGUAAGUACACCCCUCACAUAUGUUGUGUGUGUUGACUGUAUGUGGAGUAAUUUUCAGGACAGUAAAUCUCUACUGCUAUACAAGCUGCACAUUGACUACUCUAAAAUAUAUCCAAUUCAAUCUUUUAGUAUUGUCCAUUAAAAAGAUAUACUAAAAUGGUUGCUGAAAUGUGAGGGGUCUACUCACUUUUGUGGGAUACUGUAGAGUCAAAGAGAAUAACAUUAAUAAACACAAUCACUAUGAUGUAUAAACUUACCAACACAAUGUAUAGCUCUUUUUUUUACCCAACUAUUAAAAUAUACUUCAGACAAAAAGGAUAAAUUAUUACAUUUGCAAUGAAAAAUCAACCAUGUCUUUUAAUAAUAAUAAUAAUAAUAAUAAUAAUAAUAAUAAUAAAAUUAUGUGAAACUUGUGUAAGGACAGGGGACUAAACCCUUUUGUCUCUGUCAGUAAUUGCACAUAGACCUUAUGCUCAUACAAUUUUCAGCCAGACAGACACACACAUACAAAAUGCCCAAAAAUCACCCAGUAAGAAAAGUUUGAAAAUUGAAAACUAUUUGGAAUGUUAUGUAAAUCGUCUCAAAACUAUAUGCUAGGGUUGUAUUGAUACAGAUUUCACUUCCAAACACUGAGCUAAUUUGUAUUUGUAAAUAUGCUCCAAAACCAUCAUCAGAUGCCACAUUAUAACUUCAGAUUAGUUAAAGUUGCAUUCAGAUGCAUCAAAGACAAGGAAUCAUACUGUAUUUACAUCUGUAGUCUACAGAAGUUUAUUCCGGAAGUGAACUGAAGUGCUCUUUAAAGUGAAGUUCUCUCCACUGCAGCCAUACUCGAUUCAAACUCCAAUCAAAACCACCUAACGUUAAGAAUGAGCCGAGUGACCUACAUGCAUGUAUGUGCAUUUAAUGGCCAUUAUUUAAGCAGGGGAAAGAAACAGCCCCUCUUGUUCGUGUAAUACCAAACAGAUUACUGUUUUUGGUAUCAUUAUUGAUGGAUACCAAAAAAACCUACACUCAAACUGCUCCAAAGCAAACCUGCUACUCAAAUAUAGAAAGGUAUCAGUGCAUCCCUACCACAUCCUGAAAAGUGGAUUUUGAGAGAAUGGUCUCUAGGGUUAGUAGUUAGUCUCUAUAGUAAGUAAUACACAAUACACACAAGAGCUCAAACGAAAAACACGUCAUGCAAUCUAAAUAUGCACAUGAAUGUAUACACAACUAUACACUCACAUACAUGCAGACACACACUCUGUUAUAGGCAAUUAUCAAAAAGAGACUAUUCUAGGAAUAACAACAUGAGGGCUCAGUGGGACCCACUUUUCAGUAUACAUAGAAUUGCCUUUUUUGACUGACACACACACACACACACACACACACACACACACACACACACACACACACACACACACACACACACACACACACACACACACACACACACACA